UUCGGGAAAGAGGUUCAGUGAACCUUCAGUCUUCACGUUGUGGGUUGAGCAAGGAUGACAUCCUUGAUUUCUAGCUCACUUUUUCUUCAUAAACGAUGCUCUUUAAAGAAAAUGUUCACAAAGUGAUGAAUUUAUGAUGAAGUGACCCUAGCGGCCUAGAUGGCACUACAGAGAUUUCUGUUUCUUCUACCUACAACACAAGAGUGUAAAUUUGAGUUCACCACAAUGCCAUGAACUGCCUGGCCACUGGUUUUCCAGGAUUGUUCUUGCAGUCACCGCUAGAUGAUUAAUUAGAUAAAGAAACUCCAGAUUCUGAUUAGAAUAGUGCUCAUACACAGUUUACCUCUGAUUGGUUGUUGCAUUCUAAUAGAUUACUAUGAUUUAUAUAUAUGUGUGUGAAAUACUUGUACAUACUCAGGUAACAUUUCAGACUUGGCUUCAUGAUUAAAUGUGCUUGGAUACGUCAUAGAAAAUGGGUUUGAUGAAUAUGUAGAAUUGAAGAGUCUCGAUAUCAUCAUUCUAGUUCAUUGUCUUUAUUUUAUAUGCUUAUAAUGCGAGUAUUAAUUUCUGGUACCAUAAGCUGCUAACGUUAUCUCUCUUAUUGGAACCAACUUUAGGCCUCUGUUGAACUUGGAUUAUGUGAGAUGAUGAGCAGAGAAGCUAUCAGUCCUGCAUUGGCUCCUAAGGAUGGUAAUUGGGGUUUUGAUAUUGCAGAGCGUGAAGCAAUUCUCCCAGCUGGAACAGUGGAUAAGAAUGCAAAAAGGAUGUAUAAAGAGUUGCCCAAAUGGGAAGAGCCAGUUUUGGGUACAAGAGCUAGAUAUGAGCAAGUGAUUAAGGAACUUGCAGAUAAUUAUCAUACCGAGAACUUGCUGCUUGUCACACAUGGGGAAGGAGUUGGAGUGGCUCUUGCUGCUUUCUUAAAGAAUACCACAGUAUAUGAAGUAGACUACUGUGCGUAUGUAGAACUUAAACGACCCAUUUUCAAGGAAGAUCAAUCUUUUACUGCUGGAGAGUUCGAAGUGCUUACUCGUUCUGGUCAAACCGGCAUUGGUUAUAUCCUCCCAGGUGCUUAAACCAUUGACGCCAGCAAAAAAUGAUAGGCAGCAUAGGUUGGGACUGGAACCACACUUCAUGUCUGUGGAUAAAAUCUUCCUCAUAGUCAAACUAGGAAUUCAAAAUAUAGAAGGAGGAGGCAUUUCCCCAGUUUGUUCACAGUGCGUUAAGCAUAAACUUUGUUGAUUGAUCCCUGCGUUGUUGCAAAUGUAAAAUUUGUCUAUUCUGUGCUGCUGUAAGCCGAAAUAGGAUUACCCCUCCUUGGAUUUGUAUUUGUAUUUUUUCUACCAGAUAAGGUUUUGCAUAACUAACUCAAGACUUGAAUGCCAUCCUGCCUGAGGCAACCCAUUGGAGCAAGACUUUUUACUUA